CUGGCGCCAGCGCCGCCAAACAAACCCGAAGGUGCCCGCCGCGCUCGGGAGUGGGAUCCUCCAUGGUGGUCGCGGGGGCGGAUUGGCAGGUAGGUCUGCAGUGGACCAAAAGAUUGGAUUGGAGUUUCCUCCCUUCUCACCUCACCUCAGCCACAGAUCCACUUUCCCUUGGCUUCUCCCCUACUCCCUAGAAGACAGGAAUAAUACUGCCCAUCCUGCGUAUAAAUGUGAAGCAUUCUUGUAGAUGAUAUGUCCAAAAGUUCAUCUUGUCAAACAGGGAGGCUACGCUCUGGGGGAGCGAAGUGACUGAAGAACGAUGCCGGUGGUGUGGCCGACCCUUCUGGAUCUCAGCAGGGAUGAAUGCAAAAGGAUCCUUCGCAAACUGGAAUUGGAGGCAUACGCUGGAGUUAUCAGUGCCUUACGUGCACAAGGAGAUCUCACAAAGGAGAAGAAGGACCUCCUUGGAGAACUCUCCAAAGUGCUCAGUAUUUCAACAGAAAGACAUCGGGCUGAAGUUCGGAGGGCGGUCAACGAUGAGCGAUUGACAACUAUUGCACAUAAUAUGUCUGGGCCCAACAGCUCUUCUGAAUGGUCUAUCGAAGGCCGCCGGCUGGUCCCUCUGAUGCCACGGCUGGUUCCUCAAACAGCUUUUACCGUAACAGCAAACGCUGUUGCCAAUGCAGCUCUCCAGCACAAUGCUUCUCUUCCGUCUCCUGCAGAAACAGGGAGCAAGGAAGGUGAGGUGGUCGUCUGCUACUCCUACACAAGCACAACGUCAACACCGACGUCCACCCCGGUGCCAAGCGGCAGCGUUGCAACAGUGAAAUCCCCCAGACCCGCCAGCCCAGCCUCCAAUGUCGUCGUCCUGCCAAGUGGAAGUGCCGUUUAUGUCAAAAGCGUGAGCUGCUCAGACGAUGACGAGAAGCCCCGCAAAAGGCGCCGCACCAACUCGUCCAGCUCCUCUCCCGUCCUGCUGAAAGAGGUCCCAAAGGCCGUCACGCCGGUGACCAAAACCAUCACGGUGCCUGUCAGCGGCAGUCCCAAGAUGAGCAGCAUCAUGCAGAGCAUCGCCAACUCCUUGCCGCCCCACAUGUCCCCAGUGAAGAUCACCUUCACCAAGCCGUCGACGCAGACGACCAACACAACCACCCAGAAGGUGAUCAUCGUGACCACUUCUCCCAGUUCCACCUUUGUACCCAACAUCCUCUCCAAGUCGCAUAACUACGCGGCCGUCACCAAACUCGUCCCGACGUCCGUCAUCGCCUCGACCACUCAGAAGCAGCCGGUGGUCAUCACCGCCUCCCAGUCUUCUCUGGUCAGCAGCAGCAGUAGCAGUAGCAGCACCGGUGGCUGCUCCACUCUCUCCUCCACCCCCAGCACCGUGGCUGUGACCACCAUGGUAGCGUCAACGCCUUCAGUAGUCAUGUCCACCGUAGCACAGGGCGUCUGCACAUCGGCCAUCAAAGUGGCAUCGGCCAGGCUGCCUUCCCCCAAGAGCUUGGUGGGGACGCCCACCCAGAUCCUAGCACAGUUCCCCAAGCAGCAGCAGCAGCAGCAGCCCUCUCCCAAGCAGCCGUUGCAGCCAGUGCAACAGCAGGCGCAGCAGCAGCAUCUGACUCAGGCUUCGCCCGUAUCGCAGCCCCAGCCGCCGCCACCCCCGCAGCAGUCUCCCCUGCCGCCAAGCAUCAAGCCCACCAUCCAGAUCAAACAGGAAUCGGGAGUCAAAAUCAUCACCCAGCAGGUCCAGCCCAGCAAGAUCCUCCCCAAGCCCGUCACGGCAACCUUGCCCAGCAGUAGCAACUCGCCUAUCAUGGUGGUGAGCAGCAACGGGACGAUCAUGACGACAAAGCUGGUCACGGCGCCCGCCGGGACUCAGACGACUUACACUCGUCCGACUGUCAGCCCAUCCCUAGGGACACGCAUGACUGGCACUCCAGGCGCCGCCACAUACGUGAAGACCACCAGCGGCAGCAUCAUCACAGUUGUCCCCAAAUCACUCGCCACCCUGGGAGGCAAGAUUAUCAGCAGCAAUAUUGUUUCCGGUAACUCCUUGAUGAAGACCUAUUUCCAACAAAAAGGAACGACGACCAAAAUCACCACGAUCCCUGUGACGUCCAAGCCGAACGUGAUUGUCGUGCAAAAGACGACUGGAAAAGGAACCACCAUUCAAGGCCUUCCUGGCAAAAACGUGGUCACAACUUUGCUAAAUGCAGGGGGGGAGAAAACAAUUCAAGCAGUGCCAGCAGGAGCAAAACCAGCCAUCAUCACAGCCACCAGGCCCAUCACCAAAAUGAUUGUCACACAGCCAAAAGGAAUAGGGUCUGCUGUGCAGCCAGCCACCAAAAUCAUCCCGACCAAAAUUGUGUAUGGGCAGCAAGGGAAGACGCAGGUCCUGAUCAAGCCAAAGCCGGUGACCUUCCAGGCGACGGUCGUGAGCGAGCAGACAAGGCAGCUGGUGACCGAAACGCUGCAGCAGGCGUCCCGGGUGGUGGAGGCAGGGAACGCUUCACUGCCAGAGGUGAAAGAGGAGCCCCAGGUGUACACUGACAGCAGCUCCUCUUCGAUUGAAUCCUUGCAGGGCUCCCAAGAUUCCCAGCCUGUGGUCCACGUGAUCGCAUCCCGAAGCCAGGAUUGGUCGGAGCACGAGGUUGCCGUGGACUCCAGCCCUACCAUCAUCUACCAGGACGUCUCCGGCGAAACCCAGUCGGCGACUUCGACGAUCAAAGCCCUCCUGGAGCUCCAGCAGACGACAGUGAAGGAGAAGCUGGAAUCCAGGCCGAGGCAGCCGACCAUCGACCUGAGCCAAAUGGCCGUCCCGAUCCAGAUGGCCCAGGAGAAGCGCCACUCUCCAGAAAGCCCUUCCAUUGCUGUGGUGGAGUCGGAGCUCGUGGCCGAAUACAUCACCACUGACUCAGGAAGACAGCACUGUAUUGGUUCACAUUCGGAAGAAUAUCUCCAAAACCACAUAGUUAGCCAUCGGUCCCAGCCCCACCAACCAUCCUCCCAGCCCCAGAGGACCCUCCUGCAGCACGUGGCUCAAUCGCAGACAGCAACGCAAACGUCUGUUGUGGUGAAAUCCAUCCCAGCGUCCUCAACAGGAGCCAUCACCCACAUCAUGCAGCAGGCUCUGAGCAGCCACACGGCGUUCACCAAGCACAGCGAGCCGCUCGGCACGGAGGAAGGCGAAGUGGAAGAAAUGGACACCUUGGACCCUCAGACGGGGCUCUUCUACCGGUCCGCCUUGGCUCAGUCCCAGGCCCAGAAGCCGCAGAAGCUGAGCCAGCCCCAGCUGGAGCAGACGCAGUUGCAGGUCAAAACCCUGCAGUGCUUCCAGGCCAAGCAGAAGCAGACCAUCCACCUCCAGGCGGACCCCCUCUCCCACAAGCUGCCCCAGAUGCCCCAGCUCUCCAUCUGCCACCAGAAACUUGCCCCGCUGCAGCAGGACCCGGCACAAGCCAAGCUGGAGGUCCAGCAGGCCCCGCACCACCCGGUCACCCGCGAGAGGCAGCUCCCCACCUUGGUGGCCCAGCCCCAACAAACUGUGGUCCAGGUGCUGGCUGUCAAAACCACGCAGCAGCUGCCCAAAUUGCAGCAGGCGCCGACGGCCCAGAAAAUCUACGUCCAGCCCCAGCCGCCCCAGGGCCAGAUGCAGCUGCCCGCCGCUUCCGAGAAGCAGUCGGCAAGUCAGGUGCACCAGCCCAUAAUAACCCAAGGAUCCUCUGUUACAAAGAUAACUUUUGAGGGGCAUCAGCCGCCCACCGUCUCCAAGGUGGCCAGUGUCGGUGUGGUGCCCAAGCUGGCUCCCCUGCUCCCGAGCCUCUUCCCCACCCAGGUGCCCACGAAGACGGCGGUAGCAGACAUUUUGAAAAUGUCCAUGAUGGAAGCUCAGAUUGAUACGAGUGUCGACCGCAUGCUAGUGGAGCCCCCCAACAACAAGGCCUCUCCCAGCGGCGGCCUGGUUAGCGAAGCCGAGUCGUCGCCCACCUCGGUGCUGCGGGUGGCCACGGUGGGAGCAGCGACGGCCAUGGCCGCGUCGGUCCUCCAGCAACCCAAGCGCUUGGAUGCGGCUUCAAGUCCUCCGGCCAUCGGGCACGCUUUGCUGGAGAGGAAACAGGCUUUGCCAGCUCCGCCGGCAGCCAGCCAGUUCAUACGCAUCCAGAAUAUCGCCCCAAAGAAAGCAGAGGAGAUCCCUGCAGAGAUCUUAAUUCAGACGAUCCCCCAGUAUUCCGUCGCGUGCCACUCUACCUCCAACGUGGUGGUGGAGCCCAGCGGCCUUCUGGAGCUCAACAACUUCACCAGCCAACGCCUCGACGAGGAGGAGACUGUGAUGGAGCAGGACAUGGACAGCAGCAAUGAGGAUGGGACCGAGCCGAGCCCUACGCAGAGUAUGGAACAAUCUUAGCACCUCUGGGACGCCAGAGUGCACUUUACAGAACAAUCGGCGUGGUGGUUUUGUGUCCAAGUUGCCCUUGCGUCACUCUUUUCAAAGCACUUUGCCUGUCGGAGGCAUCUGGUGGGCCCUCCGAGUAUCGGUGCAUUAACAAGACAGUAUUGGGAGUCAGGGUUGCAAAACGGUUUCGGCGGGAGAUGGCGUUGCUGCACUUGGCAUAAACUUAUGACAAUGGAAUGUAUUUCUUUGAGCAAAGAAGAAAACUCCGUGAUUUUUUAAAAGAAGGUGAAUUGAAGGGUUUUUUUGGUUCCCCCCCCUCCCCCCACUAUGACGUUCCGAAAAAAGCAAAAAAAAAAAGAGCAGUGUCUCUCUGUUGGCAGUUGAAGGAAACUUCUUCAUGAGACAGUUGUAAAUUUUAUUUUAUUAUUAGCAUGUCAAGUCCUCACAGUGCUGAGAAAGCACCAAAGAAGUUCCGCCUUGGGUGGCUUCCCUGUACUAUGAUGAUGCCCCCCGCCCUUAAGUAAGCUUAAAACUCUCUGCAAGGUGGGGGUGGAGAGGUGGUAGUGAUGAAUGUACAGUGAAGCCUAGAAUCAUGUGGGAAGCUUGUCUUCUUGACCAGACAUCAAGAAAGCAUUUCACUCUCCCCUCUGCCCCAUCACAUACAGAUUCAAGUAGUCUCACAUUGCAAAUAUUAUUUAAAAGUAAACAUCUGCAGAUAUAAUUCCAGCUCACACUCCUGGUCCUGUUAAACAGGCCAGAAAACUUAAGACUUCACUUAACGAAACGAAACGGUUUCAUCUUUUAAGCUUCGGGAAGUGAAAGAAACACGUCUCGGCUUAAACGGUUCGAAACGAGGGCAUUGAUCGUUUGCGUGUCAAACCUGGGUGUGGGUUGAAGUUAGGGAAUUUAUUUCACUCUUGCGUGUGUGUGUUUUUUUUAUUUAAAACAACCCCUUUAAUUAUGACUGGGGACUUAAAAAACUGAAAUUUGCUGAUAUUUUUUAAUCUCUUAUGUGUUGUUGUUUUGAGGUGAUCCUUCUCCGCCUUACAGUUUUGGUUUGCACGUUUGGAUUUUGCAAUGGUUAAAGCCACCAGAUUAAAACAAUCUCUUGUACAUUUUGGUAAUGAAGACAUUGCUUUUUUAAAAAAGAAAACUGUAUAUAGGAACAAAGUUUUUAACUGUUUUUGUAUAGAUUUCAUUAUAAAUAAGCAUUUUAAGAUUUUUGAUGUAUCCUGUAUAUAUAUAUAUGUAUAUAUACACACACGUUAUCAGCUGAACUGCCCAUUUUUGGUGCUGAAAUACUACUUUAAGUAGGAAUUCUCUGAAGGCUCUAAUACAGUUUUUGUGUCAAUAUUUUCUAAACUGUGAUUUGACUGUUGGAAAAAAAGUAGUUGUAAUUAAAGCGACAGCUAGAGAUCACACUCCGGUAGCUGAAGUAUGAUACCAAAAACCUUCUGUAGUCCUUGAAGCAUCACAUGUGUAACUCUCGGCUGUCCUACAGGUGGCGCUGUUGGCCAUCCUUUUCGCUUCUGUUGCCUGUCGACUUGUUUAUAAAAGUCUUGCUGACUUUUUCCCUC